AUGAAGUUCUUCAUUCUCGCCGCUGUUUUCGCCAUUGCCGCCGCUGAUUCCUACAGGACUGCAGAAUACGCACCGAAGUACGUGGCUCCUAGAUAUGAAUCCCCUAAAUACGAGGCCGCUUCAUACCGCGAAGUUUACUAUGAGGCUCAACCUUACGAUUUUGGGUACUCCGUGAAAGAUGCUGAAUACUACACUGAUUUCGAUCACUCCGAGAGAAGCGACGGUAAAGUCACGACUGGCUCUUACCGCGUUCAACUUCCAGAUGGUCGCACUCAGAUCGUCACGUACAGAGCUGAUAGCUACGGCUACACGGCUGAUGUCAAGUAUGAGGGCGAAGCGAAAUAUCCCGAAUACGUUCAGUCCAAAUACAACACGUACUCUGCCCCAGCCUACAAGGCACCGGCUGCUCCCGUUUACUCUGCGCCAGCAUACAGAGCUCCGGAAUACAGAGCUCCGGCCUACAAGGCCCAAGCGUACACCGCUCCAGCCUACUAA